AUGGAUCUGGAAGAAGUCAUAAUCAUGGGAGAGGAGAGGGAAAGCGGCACGGGAGAUGGGACCUCGUCAGUGCUCGCGGAAAGGUCACCUCUCACCAAGACCAGGUCGCUCUCGGACGGAGGAGGAACGCCUGGCCGGAAGCUCUCGCCCUCACCCCUCAUCCUCGAAUCUCACCGGCGCACCUCCAAAGAUGAUAGCUCCAUUGGCGAUAACAGCACCGGCACGCCCGUCACGCCUCGUCGACCCGACUUCCACCUGCGCGGAUUGUCUCUGCAACUGCCGCCCAGCGACUUGUCCCCGGCCGCCGCCCAGCAGUACAGGCCGGCUCCUCUAUCACCCAAGCUCGACCAGUCUCAGAUAUAUGCCUCACCUACAAACAUACUCCCCCGCCGCUCACGCGGCCUCGACUUCUCGAGAGCAGCCACGAGCCUGCACCAUUCCACACUGGCCGAGCAGCAGUCGCCGGACUCGUCGCCUACAGUCGGCGGGCGCGGGAUGAAUAUACCGGGACGCAGGCCGGGCGAGUUUGGGGCCGCCGAGACGACCAAUUCGCUGUGGUCUAUGAUGGGAAACCAAGAGAAGAUGCACAUCUCUAGCUCACUAGGUAGUGGGCACAACGUGUGCUCCGACUCAUCUUCGACUUCAGAUGAGGAUGACUUCAUGGACGACGACAUGAUGGACGAGGGCUUCGUCACGACCCCGCAGGUCAGCAAGACCUCGCAGUUGCCUGGCGUUCCAUGGUCGGGAUCCCCUGCGAUGAAUAGUCUACUUUCGUUCCAGCAGCGACAGCGACCUCGCAAGCAGCCCAAAAAGAAGGCGCGUGGACCGCUGGGUCUGGGAUUUCACUCUAUCAGCGGGGGCCCGCCGAACCUCAAUCUCUCGAAAUCACCGCCAAACAAUUUGGCGAGGGAGAGCGCCCAUGCGCGGAGGGAGAGCAUUAGCUGGGCUGCGAAUCAGCUCCAUAUCUCGGGCAACGAGAGUGACGACAAUCUCAGGUCGCAGAUGGAGAUGGGCGAUGGACUCCCUGGUACACCCAGUCGCGACAACCCUAGAGGCGUUGUGCGACGGGUGGUGACCAGAAGGGGUAACUUGCUGCCCAAGACCAAAGGCUUCGCACGUAUCCGUGCGGCGUUGAUGGAGGAAGGUGCGCCGGUAGAAUCGGAGUUCAAGCGCGAGGCCGAAGUGAUCCGUCAAGUACGAGAGAGCGACAUGGACCUCGAACCCCGGAUUCCGCCGCCGUCGAUGUCGCAGCCCACUACUACCAACUCGUCGCCGACCCUGGCCCCGCAAGACCCGCCCGAGGACGUCCCCGACGACGCGAUGCUUAUGGACUCGGUCGCCGGUGGGCUCGGACUCAGCAGCUUCAAGCGCCAGGCCGUCAAGAACUCCAAGGGCAAAGUGUUCUGGGACACGUUCUCCGAGUCCUCUUCCAACGGCGGCGGCACUGCGCCUGGCCGCACCACUCCUCCGCCCACGGCGUCCCUGGCCCGCGGCUCCUCCGCCGGCAUGAGCGUGGACGACAUGUCGAUGGACUCACCGUCGACGUGCUCGGGCCCCGUCAACAGCACGAUGAACUCGCUCGCCAGCAACGGCAUCUUCCCCAUGGCGGCCUCGACGCGCAGCUCCUCGGGCCACGACACGCCGCAGCCGGGCUUCGGCCCCUCGCUGACCCAGCUCCAGCAGCAGCAGCAGCAGCAACAGCAGCAGGUGCCGACGGCGGCCGAGAUCACGCGGCGCAUCAACACGAAGCGGCGGCGCGGCGACGACGACUUGGACCCCGUCAGCUUCAAGCGGCGGGCCGUCAGCCCGGGCAUGAGCGUGCACAACAGCCCCAUCAUGCAGAGCCCGCUGCAGCGCGACCUCGCGCCCUGGGGAGGCGGCGCCGGCGGUCCCGGGUCGUCGCGGCCGGGGAGCAACGGCGCUGACCGGCCCGGCGGGAGCAGCAGCGGGACGCAGAGCGAGAACGGCAGGGGAGGCGGCGGCGGCGGCGGGGGCAAGGGCCGCGUGGGGUUCCAGGGCAUGGUGGAUACGAACGACGGCAUCACGAAGCUGAGCAUUGAAUGA